AAAGACGCUUUCGACGCCAACUCGAAACAACCCAGGAGUGUUCCGCCUUUCUUCGAACAAAAAGAAAAACAUUUAUAGUUAAAAUGUUGGCAGUUUCCUUCAUAGGGAAGAAAUUCUGCUGCGAUGCUCAAGUCGAGGUCGCAAAUGACAUCGAAAAUGGUGGAUUGCAGCUAAACUUGAAAGUUCGUGAAACAUGUGGACAGUUCAUCAAAACACCCGAACCAGUUCUCGCAACACUUCAUGUAAGCCUAAACAAUGGGCGACGUGAGGAUGUCAGCAAGUGUAAGGAGCUGCUUACUUUUCUAAAAGAGCAAGUCUUGCCGAAGACUGUAAAACUGAUAAGCUUAAAGAGGAUUAAAAAAGUUAAAGAUGAAGACAACAGCGAUGGAAGAACUUUGUUCGGCUGCAUAUGGCCAGGAAAAACGAAGAAAAGGAAAGAAGAAAACAAGAACAGAUGCACACGAGGCUAUUCUUCGGAUACAGACAGUUAUCCUCAGAAAUCUGUUUUCCGCUCUAGCAUCAAACUCGACAGUCCAAAUAUGCCCCAGACCUCUACGGCCGGCAUAUUGGCCACACCCUCAGUUACCCGCGCAAAUCUGUCACGUGUAGAAAAAGUCACAUCUAGAGGCAACAUCCUUGAGGAAGAAGAAACCCUUUUCAUAGCAAAACUAAAAAACACUUCAGAUGAAAAGAUAUCAUUAAAUCGUCCUAAUGAAAGCCAUUUAGAUAAGACAGAAAAUGCCGAUGUUAACACUCCGUAUGACAACCUCACCACUUCUUUUGCUACGAAGGAAAGGAGUAAAAUUGUGAAGCGCAAUACUACGAGUUGUUUUGGAAUCAAGCGAUCACGGAAACUGGGAACUGGUAAAUGUCACGUGAGCGAGAGAGGUCCGCAGCGCGUGCAAAAUGUGAAACCAGAACCUCCAUCUAAAAACACUGCCAUUCCUGGAAUGAUUACAGAGAAUAACCUGGAUAAGCAGACGAUACUUGAUCUGGAACAAUUUGCAGCUCAGUAUGUUGGCAGAAUUUGUGAAUUAGCACUUUCAAGGAAAGUAAAGGAAAGCUGCAAGGACUUUGCAAAGGUUUAUGUCAAUAACGUGCUCACUCUAGCUUGGAACAGAAUUGAUGAUCUAGAAAAUUUAAAGCAUAAUGAGAGAAGCGUUCGUUGUGCAGAAAAGUGUAGUUUAGAGGUCGAAGACCACCCCAGCUUCAGUAAGGUAUGGAAAUAUUCUCAAGCCCUCGCUGAAGGCCAUGAUUUCUCUGAAGCAUGGACAACAAUAAAAGAUACAACAGUGAAUGGCGAAGAGCUUGGCUCAUCUUCGGAACUCUUACAGAGCAAUGACGCAGACAUUACAAACGAUUGCCAAACUGAAGACUUUGAGCGCGACAUUAUGAAAUCAGCGUUGUCGAGUAAUGACAGCCUUUCGGAGACCUCUCCCAGUUCCGCGAGUGAGUCAAUGGAGUUUUACACACAUCGAACGCAAGAGAGAGGUGAACCAAUUGCUCCGUGCAAAAUUGAGAACGAGGCAAUAGUUGACUAUGCGCGUAAGAAUGCGGAAGUGGGGAAGAUGGAGCACGAAAAUUUCGCGUUCUUCACUCAAGCAGGUGAAGAGGAUGGCAAUUAUCCUCUUGACGAAGCAAUCUUUGAAGAAAAUGGAGCAUUAGGAAUUUCUUCUAAGCCCCAUAAGGAAGGCGGAGAAUUGCCACCAGGAAAAACAGGGCAUGGAAAAUUAGUCAUCAGGAUGCAAAGGACUGAUAACCAACUUGAACCCAACUGCAGUCGAAGACAACCUUGUUAUAAAAGGAGUGUUUCGGAGUCUCAAGCCUCAGAGAGGAAACAGUGGAACUCUUCACAGCCUGGUGAUGACGACAUACAAGCAAAAAAUAAUUUGAGUCCCACAUGUAGGCCAGAUAACACCCCUCCAAAGUUUGUUCGAUCGAUUUCAUGUCCAGAUGUAACCGAGGAUGAUGUAUUUAUUGAAAGCAUUCUGAGCCAUCAUGGAGACGUUUACGACUCACUUGCCCAAAGGACUUGGACAAUACUUCACGUCCAUGAGUUGUGGAAUGGCGGGAAACCCAUGGAUGCCAUGAAAGCAUGUAUCGAGUUAACUGGAAUGGUGGACUUUGAGAAGAGUCUGGGCACCACACCAAAGCUGAGUGCUCCUUGUACACUCAUGUCACGUGAUCAUGCAUUGUUUCUAAAUAUUCUUCAACAGCUACCGAGCAGUUGCUCGAUGUGGAAUCUCGAACUCUGUGAGCUCGUCCUUCCAAAGCUAAAAGGAUUUAUUUCCACUCAGCAUCAUUCAAGCCACGUGGAAAUGGCCUGCAGUAUUGUUCAUGUUGUAUUGAAGAAAGUCGCAGUGGUGGUUCGACGGACAUCAAAGGGAACUAAAGACAAAGAAAAGGAACAGAAGAUCAAAGUCUGCACCAACGAGUUGAAAGAUAUCAAAGAUAUGACGAGUGACGUCAUUCACGCAGUGAAAGCCGGGAAGAAAAAUAACACAGAAGAUCCUGUGUCUAUGAAACUGGUACUGAAGGAACUUCAGUUAGCACUGGGAACAUUUUUAAGCAGUGCAAGCGCAAGUUAAACUUUUGUUUACACCAGUUGUCUAAAAGAAUAUUUUUGAUGGUGUAAAAAAUGCCGAUUAAAGUGGUUCUGUUCAGUAGAAUUUGCCAGUUAAAACUGAUUUGUUAGGUCUGCGCUCAGCUUUGCAGUAUAUGAGACUACUUCUGGUACCUGAAAUGUUCAAUUGUGUUGUCGUGUUUACUGAAAUAACAUUAAAGAUUGUAGUGUUUUGUGUCAA